AUGUCCGAUAAAGGUGAGCGCUAUGAUUGUCGAUCGUGUGACCGACCAAACUCAGCUGAUAUCGGGAUGGUUGCUUGUGAUGAAUGUUCCACCUGGCACCAUUACUCAUGUGUCGGCGUGUCUCCGGGAGUUGAAACACGCCCAUGGCGUUGCAACAAGUGUGCUAUUGCAUCUACAUUAGCAUCGACGUCUAAAGAACAACGCCGGCGAGAUGGACCCGAUUCGUUGACACCUCCUAACCCUCCUAAGGAGGUCGCAAACCGUGACUCUCGUAGCGUUCAUAAUCAGGUGGAUGGUAACAAAUCGUUGGAUGGAAGAACUAAUGCAUCCGGUACUUCCAGUGUUCGUUCCCGAGCACGUCUAGCCCUACUGCGAUUAGAAAACGAGCGUCUAUUGGAACAGUCCAGGUUGGAAGAAGAACGUUUACGACUCGAGGAUGAACGAAUCCAGAGGGAGAAGGAGAGGGCGCUUCGUGCAAAGGAAAUUGCGGCUAUGGAAAAGUACUUGCAGGAAAAGCUCGAAUUGGAAGAAAUCAUAAAUGACGAUAGUAGUUCCAAGGCAAGUAGCUCUAAUGCUAGCGGUGGCACUAAAGCCAAACAAACCAAGGCUUGGCUGAUAGACCAACACAUGCAGUCUGAUUCCAACAUGAACAGCAGAUGCGUUGAGCCACCAAUAGGCAGCUUCCCACCCGGAUCGUUUGCACCUGUACCCGAGGUACCGGAAGCUAGAGCCCUAAUGAUCGACCAGUCGGUCCACGGGGUGGGGCCUAGUGCAAAUCAGCUGGCUGCGAGACAGAUAUGGCCCAGAAAGCUUCCUACGUUCUCCGGAGAUCCAAGUGAGUGGCCCAUAUUCUAUAGCAGUUUUGAAACUGCUAACAUGGCCUGCGGGUUUUCGAAUGUCGAAAAUAUCAUCCGAUUGCAAGAGUGUUUGCGAGGACCAGCAAGGGAAGCCGUCGUUACCAAAUUGAUGUUUCCGCAGAGUGUGCCGAUGAUCAUAGAAACAUUAAAGCGCUUAUACGGAAGACCUGAGCUUUUAAUCAAGACUUUGCUUGCGAAAGUUCGAAGUGUAGAAGCUCCUAAACCAGAAAGACUCGAUACGUUGAUGAACUUUGGAAUGGCUGUGCAGCAGUUGUGCGAUAGUCUGGAAGCAGCGAACCUAAAGGCACACCUUUCUAACCCAGCGCUACUCGACGAGCUAGUGGAUAAACUUCCUGCAGCGAUCAAACUAGACUGGGUUAGACACAAGCGAGCAUUUCCAGAUCCAACGUUAAAGGAGUUUGGAGGCUUCAUGACAGCACUUGUUGAAGACGCCAGCGAAGUUACAACAUUGUUGCAACCGAGAACGGAUGUCAAUAAGCAGGAAAAGGGGAAAUCACGCGAACGAGGUCAUCUGAACACCCACAUUUUCAAUGAGCUUGAUUCACAGGAUGGCAUCGACAGGAAGCCUUGCCCAAUAUGCGAGCGUACUGACCACCGUGUUAGAAAUUGCGAAAAGUUUCGACAGAUGGAUGUCCAAUCACGAAUUGCAGCCGCCGAAAGAUGGAAGCUCUGCGAGGUGUGUUUAUUUGACCAUGGACGUUGGAAGUGUAGAUCCAGAUUUCAUUGCACUGUUGGUAGUUGCCGCUCAAGACAUCAUCCGCUGUUACAUCGCCCGAUAUCACCUGCUGAAGUCCAAGCAGACUGCCAUACCCAUGGUAAAGUAGGAAAAUCAGUACUUUUCAGAGUUGUGCCGGUCACGUUAUACAACGGGGAUAGGUACGUCGAUACGUAUGCCUUCCUCGAUGAAGGCUCCUCUUUCACCCUGAUAGAAUCCAGCGUUUCGCGUAGUCUUGGACUGGAAGGAAAAUUGGAACCAUUAGAAAUGAGAUGGACGUCAAAUGUGGUUCGAAAUGAAAAGGACUCUCGGCUAGUGGACGUUGAAAUUGCUGGUCGAGGAAAGCAGGAGCGACACCUACUCAAAGAAGCCCAUACGAUCAAUGGUUUGAAUCUCCCUAGACAAAGCUUAUCAUUUGAGGAUUUGAGCAAAUGCUUCCAUCAUCUGCAAAACGUCCCAGUAUCGUCCUAUGCAAAUGCAGUUCCAAAACUACUGAUUGGUUUGCAAAAUUUGGAGUUAUUGGCACCUAUAGAAAGCAAGAUCGGUCAACCUGGCGACCCGAUCGCGGUGCGUAGCGUCUUGGGUUGGGCUAUCUACGGCCCGGGUGGAAAAGUAAUGCAGAAUCACUUGAACCAUCACAAUUGCAAAUGCCCUGCUGAUGACGAAUUGAACGAAAUGGUUCGGCAACGGUUUGUUCUUGAGGAUGUAGGAGUGUCACCGACGCUAUUGCCCGAACCUGCUGAAGAAAGAAGAGCUAGAAGGAUGUUGGAAAUGACGACCAGACGAGUGGGUGACCGAUUUGAAACAGGUCUUUUGUGGAAGACCGACGAAAUCAAGUUUCCUGAUAGUCGAGCCAUGGCCUUGCAAAGGAUGAAGUGCUUGGAAACCAAAUUAGCGAAAGACCCCGAAUUGAAGGCCAAUGUACAACAACAAAUUCAACAGUAUGUCCAAAAAUCGUAUGCACAUAAAGCAACGGAGAAAGAACUUGCGGAAGCGGAUCCAAACCGAGUCUGGUACCUCCCAUUGAACGUCGUGCAUCAUCCUCGGAAGCCGAAUAAAAAGCGACUAGUGUGGGACGCAGCCGCUCGAGUAGAUGGUGUGUCUUUAAAUUCCCAACUCUUGAAAGGUCCGGAUCUGCUCGUAUCACUUCCCUCUGUAAUCUGCAAAUUUCGAGAACGGCGCAUUGGCUUUGGAGGCGAUAUUCGGGAAAUGUUCCACCAAAUCCGCAUUAGGACGGUGGACAAACACUCCCAAAGAUUCUUCUUCCGCUUCAACCUCAAUCAACCACCAGACGUUUACGUGAUGGACGUUGCGACGUUUGGAGCGACGUGUUCGCCUUGCUCUGCUCAGCACGUUCUGAAGGUCAACGCUGAAGAGCACGCGAACCUUUUUCCUGAAGCUGCGAAGGCAAUUGUGGACAAGACCUAUAUGGACGAUUAUUACGAUAGUGCAGAUACCACAGACGAAGCAGUAGCUCGUGCGUUACAAGUGAGGGACAUUCAUAAAAACGGGGGAUUCGAAAUGAGGAAUUGGUCGAGUAAUAGUCCCGAAGUGUUGCUGAAAUUAGGACAAACCGUUGAACCCCCAGGACCUUCGUUUGUCUGUGAUAAAAGCGACGGAUGGGAAAGGGUGCUGGGAAUGAUGUGGGACCCUGUUAAAGACGUCUUUGUGUUCUCUACCGAUCUCCGAGGGGAACUGGCUGCUUACAUUGCUGGAGAUAAAAGACCAACAAAACGAAUGGCUCUGCGGUGCAUUAUGAGUCUCUUCGAUCCAUUGGGACUCCUUGCACCGUACUUGGUGCACGGAAGGAUGCUGCUUCAAGACGUCUGGCGUUCAGGUGUAUCAUGGGAUGAAGAGGUGCAAGAUGAAGAAUUCGCAAAAUGGAGACGCUGGACUGAACUUCUGAAGGGGAUCGGCCAACUGGAGAUUCCGCGUCACUACUUUAGCCGUGCAAGACAGGAUGCCUGUAGAACUUUACAACUACACGUAUUUACCGAUGCUAGCGAAGCGGGGUACGGCUGUGCUGCAUAUUUCCGGAUACUCGAUGGCAGCAAUGUAACAUGUACUCUGGUGAUGGCAAGAAGUAAAGUGGCUCCGCUGAAGCACCAAUCUAUCCCGAGAAUGGAGUUACAAGCUGCACUUUUGGGAGCACGCCUUGUGCAGAAUGUUUGCGAAAAUCAUACAAUUCAAGUCAAUGAUCGGUUCGUGUGGACGGAUUCAACUACGGUACUUUCAUGGAUUCGAUCGGAUCAUAGAAGAUACAUGCAGUAUGUGGCUCAUCGUGUAGGAGAGAUCCAGUCGUUGACCGAGCCUAAGAAUUGGAGAUGGGUUCCCACAAAGGACAACGUAGCGGAUGCCUUAACAAAGUGGGGUAAAGACACCGAACCAACUUCGCAUGGCAGGUGGUUCAAUGGUCCAUUGUUUCUUAACCAACCCGAGGUCGAUUGGCCACCGCAGAAAGCAAUUCCGUUAAACACCGGGGAAGAACUUCGGGCCCGUUAUGCACUUAUCCACGUACCAGUACCUGAACCGUUCAUAGAUGUCGAACGAAUUUCUAAAUGGAAGAUUCUUGUUCGUACAAUGGCCCAAGUUCUUCGAUUUGUUUCCAAUUGUCGUCUGCGAGUUGAGGGCAAACCAGCGGAAACGGUAGAAGCGACAUCCUUACAACAACGAUACCUGAAAUGUCUAACACCAACGGUUAGAGUUCCGCUGCAGCAGAGCGAAUACUUAAAAGCGGAACAGUUACUUUGGCGUAUAGCACAGGCCGAAUGUUUUCCGGAUGAGGUGAAGAUCUUGACUCAUAACCGAGAUUUGCCGCUACAGCAAUGGAAGAAAAUCGACAGAGCGAGUAAAAUAUACAAAUCUUCUCCAUUCAUCGACGAAUUUGGAGUAAUGAGAGUUGACGGUAGGACGACUAAUGCGAAAUAUCUACCGUUUGAUUGUCGUUUCCCCGUGAUAUUACCAAAGGACCAUCUCAUAACGACUCGUCUGGUGGAACAUUACCAUCGCAUCUGUGGGCAUACGAAUAAGGAAGCCGUUGUAAACGAAAUUCGUCAGCGGUUCGAUAUUUCUCAUCUACGCGCUGUGGUGGACCGAGUAGCCCAGGACUGCAUGUGGUGCAAGAUUAAAUCGAGCAAGCCACAUUUCCCGCGGAUGGCGCCCCUACCCGAACAACGUCUUACUGCAUAUGUUCGUCCAUUCAGCUAUGUCGGAAUAGAUUACAUGGGUCCGUUGGAAGUGACCGUUGGGCGACACAAAGAGAAGCGAUAUGUCGCGGUAUUCACCUGUCUAGUUGUCCGCGCUAUCCAUCUAGAAAUCGCCUUUGAUCUAUCCACGGACUCCUGCAUAAUGGCAAUCAAACGCUUUGUUCGAAAGCGAGGGUCGCCGCUCGAAAUAUUCUCCGAUAACGGGACCAAUUUCGUUGGCGCAAGUCGUCAGCUAAAAGAGCAAAUCCAACGAAUCAAUGAAUCAUGUGCAGAAACUUUUACCGAUGCUCAUACGAAAUGGUCGUUCAACCCCCCGUCGGCGCCACACAUGGGGGGUGUGUGGGAACGGAUGGUGCGCAGCGUUAAGGACGGAAUGAAGGCAAUUGACGAUGGACGUAAACUCACCGAUGAAGUCUUGCUGACAGUUUUAGCAGAAGUUGAAGGAUUCGUAAAUGCCCGUCCAUUAACUUACAUGCCUGUAGAUAGAGAAAAUCUGGAGGCGAUAACGCCCAAUCAUUUUUUGAUUGGAGGAUCAUCACCAAGUCAUGAACCGCUAAGGAUGUCGACGGAUCUCGGCGCUAUGUUGCGAAGCAGCUACCUACGGAGUCAGUACAUAGCCGAUAAAGUAUGGAGCAGAUGGCUAAAAGAGUAUCUACCUACAAUCAACAAACGCUCUAAAUGGAUCGAUGAUGUUCGAGCAGUUCAAGUAGGGGACCUGGUGUAUGUUGUCGAAGGCGACAGAAGGACUUGGACCCGCGGAAGGAUUGAGGAGCUCAUAACCGCGAAAGAUGGACGGGUCCGGCAAGUGAUCGUACGUACCGCAUCUGGGCUAUUAAGACGGCCAGUGGUGAAGUUGGCGCUUAUGGAGAUAGGAAAGACUCGUGAACCCGAGGAAGAGCAAGAUGAUCUUCACUUGGAUCCACGGGGUGGGGGAUGUUCUGGCAUCACGGCGCCGCAUCACGUUUGA